AUGUAUUCAAAAUGCGGUGAUGUUGAAUCUGCCCGCCAAGUGUUUGAUAAAAUGUCUCUGAGAGAUUUGGUUUCUUGGACUUCAAUGAUAUCUGGGUAUGCUCACAAUGGCUGUAACAGUGAGACAUUGGAGUUCUUUGAUAUGAUGUGUGAUUCAGGUGUGAAGCCCAAUAGAGUAGGCAUAUUGAGUGUUCUUCUAGCUUGUGGAAAUCUAGGAGCUUUGAGAAAAGGGGAAUUGUUUCAUAAUUAUGUAAUCAAAACCGGGUUUGGAUCCGAUAUCUCUGUUGCGACCGCUGUCAUGGAUAUGUAUGCAAAGUGUGGGAGUUUGGGUUUGGCACAUACCUUGUUUGAUCAAACAACAGGGAAAGAUGUUGUUUGUUGGAGUGCAAUGAUGGCAAGUUAUGGAAUCCAUGGAGAUGGGAAGAAUGCAAUCAAUCUUUUCCACCAGAUGGUUAAAGAAGGGGUGAGGCCGAACCACGUGACGUUCACUUGCGUUCUCUCGUCUUGCAGCCAUUCAGGAUCACUAGAAGAAGGCAAGAAGUAUUUUCAAUUGAUGAGAGAAGAGUUUGGGGUUGUACCGAAGCUAAGCAACUAUUCGUGUAUGGUGGAUCUUCUUGGCCAUGCAGGACAACUUUCUGAAGCAGAACAGCUCAUAGAAACCAUGCCAGUCGAACCUGAUGUGAGUAUAUGGGGGUCUUUGCUUGGUUCAUGCCGUAUUCACGGCAAUAUAGGUUUAGCUGAGAAAAUUACAGACCAAAUUUUCCAGUUGAACCCAUUUCAUGCUGGCUAUCAUGUUCUGCUUUCUAACAUCUAUGCUGCUAAAUCUCGAUGGAUUGAUGUCGAGAAGAUUUGGAUCCGGAGACAAGUCACAUCCUCAAUCAGAGAAGAUUAUUCUCUGCUUAAGGAGUUGGCUGCGCAAAUGAAACGCUUGGGAUAUGUCCCCAUGACGGAUUGUGUGCUUCAUGACAUUGAAGGCGAAGCAUGA